UGGAAAUGAGAUAUAACUGAGCUGCACUUCAGGAAGCUCUCAUUUACACACUCGAGGAGCCAGAAAGCCCUGAAGCCAAAAGAAAAAUCACCAUUGUGCUGGAUGGCUGCUGGCAAUUUUCUUCAAGCAAAUGGGAGAUCAUCAGGAGGAGGGAGUGAAGAUUUGAUUUUGUACUUUGUGAAUUUUUUAAGUUUGAGUACAUUUUUACUCACACUGCAGGACUAGAGUAACUAUAAACCUGACGACCUCCAAUCAGAGAAUGAAUUUACUAUCAAGCACAGGAAUCAGGGCCCAAGAGCAGUCUCUUCCUCUUUGUGGCCCUGGGUCUGUUCAGGACUUACCUCACUGCCCACCAGGGUUCAACCUGAGUUCCCGCCUGAACUCUGGAUCCAUGCUUGGCCUCCAGAGUGGCCAGAGAUCAGUCAAACCCCAGAGGGAACUAAGCCCUGAGGAGCAGCAGGAACUUAGGAGGAAGAUCAACAGCAGGGAGAGGAAGCGGAUGCAGGACUUGAACAUUGCCAUGGAUGCUCUGAGGGAGGUCAUGGUGCCUUAUGCGUCCUCUCCUUCCUCUGCUUCCUCUCAGUCCCACAACCCAGGAGCUCCUCCAGGCCGAAGGCUCUCUAAGAUAUCCACCCUGGUUCUGGCCAGGAAUUACAUCCUCCUCCUGGGUUCAUCUCUGCAGGAGAUGCGAAGGCUGCUGGGGGAGGUAAGCGUCGGGAUGGGUGUGAAUACAGGGCCUGUCCCCCGGCUGUUACUUGCUGGAGGGUGGCCCUUCAUUUCUGGACCCAGUCAGCUCCUUCUCACCCAGGAAUCCCUUCUGUCCUCAGCUGCCUCCUCUUCUUCUUCGUCUUCCUCCACUUCAUCCUCCUCCUCAGUAGCUAAAUGUACCGUCCUGUCUCCGGGCCCCAUGGAUGCCUCACUGGCGCCGGUGCAGUGGAGCUCUGCAGGGCCCACAGGUGGGCCUCUCUGUCCCUGUGGUGUCUGCAGACUGCCCAGAUUCAACCACUCCACUCCAGCUCCCAGAUUCCCAAAGUGACCCCUCGGAGAUAAUGUCAAAGAGGAUUUCUGUAGAGCGGACUGGAUCACUGUUUCAUGUAUGCAACAUUUUUAUAUGAAUUGUUAUUUUUCUAACAUUUUAACACAUUUAUAAUGUUUUAUUACUCUACUCACAGUUAUCCUCUGAUUUUUUUAAAUACUAUGAACAUAUUCUGUAUUUUAUUACCUUUAAAUCAAAUAACACAAUCUUGGUUUCUAGUAGCAAGUUUGAUGCAUUUUAUAACAUUUCUUAUGUUACAGAAAACUGUUAACUUCUUUUGGUGAUUUUUUGCAUAUUAAAUGUGGACUACAAUAACUGUGUGCAUGGUGCUCAUGACUGCAGUGUUGUGCUGUAGGUUUUAGGAUAAUAACUGUUCACAAUUUAAGAGAACCUGAAAAACAAGCUAAAGAGAAGAAACUCACCCUGCACAUGCUUAGUGAGAGUCUCCCUGCCUGUGGAAAAGGAGCUAGUCUACACCACAGACGUCUGCCACAGAGCUGUGUUGGUCCAGGCUGAUUUAUUAACAUAAAUCCUAAGUAGGAAACAAGACGAUUUCAAUGUUAUUACAGUCUGGUUUGUUUUAGAUACUUGUCACUAAAGAAGGAUAUAUCACAUAUUCUCAGAUUAAAAUGAAAAACACCUACUGGGGUUGCAAUAAAUGGUCAGAAAUCAAAACAUGUGAAUGUAUGCCUGGCAUGUUGCAGAGCAGCAUCCUUAUGAUGCAGAAACCAGUGUUGGCAUCGCUGGUGAAU